AUGGCUGAUACGGCUGUUGAUAUACCAAAAACAAGUGAGUUUAUAUGAAAAUAGAUUUUGUUUUUUUUUCUGUAGUAAACCAUAUCUAACUACUGUAUUUUUUUGUAGACUGGGUUCGUCUUGAGAUUGAGCCUGUCCAAGUGAACUAUGAUGCUGACACCACAUUGAAUUUUGCAACUGUACAAUCUGUUGUACCAGGAGCCCAUGGACUUUAUUAUCGAGACUCGGGGGAGCGAAAAGCACUCUUGUAAGUUGAAUUUAAAUAAAAAACUGGCAACCUGCCAGCCAGUGGCUGCCUGCCAAAAUUAUAAUAUUUUUCAACCUAUUUUUUCUGAAGGUUAUCUUCUUACAUUAGUUAAUUAAAAAAUAAAGUGAAAAUAUUACAAAUCACAUCACAUUGUCCUCUAUUCUUAUCAUUUGAAACAAAAGAUGUUCCUUAUUUAAUUAGUGAGAAUGUCUCUUGUUAAUUUCCAAGAAAAUUUUGCAAUUCAAAAGAAUUAUGAUAUCUCUGUGAUAUAGAUUAAUAUAAACAAUGUUUUCGAAUAAACCGGUUUUGAUGUGAGAGAUUAUUGAACUCUCUUAUCAAUUUUUUUUGUAGAUUCGACAACAAUACUGGAAAAGUUUACCCACCACCAAGCGGAUGGGAAUCUUCACCAAUUUAUAUUCAUUUGGGUAAGACCAAACCAAACAUGUAAUAACUCAAACAUCAAUCUGUUUUAGCGCAUGGCCACAAACAUGGAACACACUUUGCUGACUACACCAAAGCAAACGAUGCUUUUGAGAAGAACAUCUCAGCUGUUCAAAAACUUUUUGCUGCUGCUGGACUCGGAAGAUCAAGCCAAGUUCCAAGAUCAACCGGUGCGAAGACUCGCGCUCGCAGCACUUCCAAAAAACCAACUCCCAGUCAAUUUGAAGCUCAACCAGAAAAUGUGAACAUCAGUGAAGAGAGUGAGGCAUCAGCUGAGAAGAUUGAUCCACAAGUUGAGAAGUUGAAGAACAAGAAUGCUGAAUUGAAAUCGAGGUUUGUGUUUUUUUUCAUUUCCCAAAAAAUCAUGUAAUUUACGGACUUAGAUUAGGAUCAUGGAAUCCCAGAAUUCGAUAAUAAUUUUUUGUUUCUAACAUUAAAAAUUGCUCCCGAAGCUUUACAGAAUAAUAUUUGAAAUCUUUAAAUUCGAUGGAGUGUUAUCCCAAAAUCAUCACACAAUUACUUUUUUUUUCUAGGAAACUUGAAAAAGUCCCUUUGUAGAGUCCCAAGGUAACCUGAACUUUUGGUAUAGGUUCGAUCUCUUCUCUCUUUUUGAAUCAGUGGAUUUGAAAAAAACACGUACAGACUUUUUUUUGCUUUUCUCUUCUCUCCCAAUAGAUAAGAAAAAAUUCCUGAAACAAAUCAAAUCUUGAAACUAUUUGUUUGUUUACCAUCUCAAAUUAAUCAACAGUGACACUUUAUUUGGGUGGAACUAGAGAAUCUUCAAUUUUUUUUCAAAAUAUUUUCACUUCUCAACCCAUGACAUCCGAAGAAAGGUGAUCCAUCAAAAAACUUUUUUGUUCCAAAACCCUUUUUUCCAGAUUGCGAGAAUACAAACAAGAUUUGUCGGCUGCCAAUGACAAGAUCAAAAGGUUCGUGUUGUGAUUUUUAAAAGAAAAAAAUAGUUGACAGAAAUUUUUUGACAGAUUAUCAAAGAAGUUGGAAAGUGUUAAGGCUUCGGGAUACUUUGAAGAAUUUGAAGACAAGUUUGUCAAGUUUGAUACUGAUGGAGAUGAUAAAAGAUCACAAGAUCAAGAUGAAGAAGUGAAGUAUGAUAUUUUAUUUAUUUUUUAAAUAAAUUGAAGAGAAAACAACAAUCUGAAAAUUUUUCAGCAACCUUCACACAAUCAUCGAAGAGCUUCGCAACAAAUUGGCAACUACUGAAGCUGACAAAAAAGAUAUUGAAUCAACACUUGGAGAACACCAAGAAUUGUUGAAAAACACCAAAGAAAAGUUAGUAGCACCACAAAUUUUCCAUAAGGUUCAUAAAAUAAUUCAGGGUCUCUUACCUCGAAGGUCAAUUGAAACCAGAAGUUCAAGACGAGAAUAAAACCACUGCUUUCCGCUCAUUGGAAGUCAAACUUUCAUUGGCUAAUGGAAAUUUGAGACAACUCGAAAGCGAAAAACAACAAUUACAAGAAGCCAACUGGUAUGCCAAUGAGCGUUUAAGCAAAUUGGAACAAGAAAAUGGGUAUUUGAAGGGUAUUACUGAACAAUUGAAGUGAGUUUGUUUUUUUUUUGAAAAUUGUUUUGUGGAGGGGUUUUCAGAAUCAAAAAAUUAAUAAUUUUAAAAUGAAUGGGAAACGAUUUUAGAGUUUUUCUUAAGUCUGAUUCCCCAAAAAAUUAUAUUUUGAAAAUUUUCAGCAAUUCUAAACUCAGGAUUAAUAAACUUCAUCUUUCAAAUUCAAAAUCUGUGGUUAAAAAAUAGAAAAAAUACUCUUUUUUGAAAAAUUUGUCAUUAUUUUUCAUUUCCAAACAUAGUCAAAUAUGAUAAAUUUCAGAGCUCGUGCUGACACAUCACACUGUGAAAAAUUGUUGAAGGAAAGCGAAAAACGCGUCUGGGAAUUGAACGAAGAAAAAAGCAAACUUGAAUGGCGUUUGGGUGAAUUGUCACAAUGGUGGAAUGAUACUAAAUGGAAGUAUGUUGCUUCUUAAAAAUCUGAAAAAAAAAAAUUUCUAGAAAAAUAUAUAAAAAAUGUUUGCAGAGUCGGUGAACUUGAAGCCUCAGUGGCGCAACAACGAAAUUUGCUUGAUACAGCAAACGCUAAAAUCCUUAGUCUCAACGAUGAGUAAGUUCAUUUUUAUUUAUUUCCAUUUAUUUUUUUAAUUUUCUUUAAAAUCUAUAUCUGUUUAGGUUAAUACAGGAGGUCAGGUAAGAAAAUCAGGGUGUUUUGAUUUUUCUUCUGUUUUUCUUGAUGUUAUAACGGUUUGUGUGAAAACAAUACUAUGUUGUGAAACAUAAUUUUGAAAUCUAAAAAAAAUCACAAAACAAAAAAAAUCAUAUCAUUUUCAGAAGUCACACCGGAACAUUGAACUUGCCAACUGAUGGAUUCACCAUCAGCCAAAACACACAAGGUUCAUGGAAAUUGGCCAAGUGAGUUUAUCCCAAGUCUCCUGAUUUCCUCCCAUAACUCAUUUUCAAUUUAGCGGAACAGCUCAACCAACUUUCACUUAUCCAUCAAUCCCAUUGAUCCCAGCUACAAUCCCAACAUUUCCUGGAACUUUAGCUGGAUUCAGCAGCAAUUCUGGUGAACGACAAGUUACUCUUACUAUCAGCGAUAUUGAAAAUGAUGUUUAUUUGACUGUAAAUAUUCUGAAACCUUUUUAAAAUAUUUUUUUAUAAAAAAAAUGUUUUCAGGGCUCAUUCAUUAACUGGAAGUGUGCCUUGAAAUGCGAAAAAUUGCCAAGUGGAAAGAAAGGAGUUGCUGUAACUUUGGCCAGAGGAAGACACGAGUUCCGCUUCAUGAAUAAUGGCGAAUGGGUAACAUCGAACGAUUAUCAACAAGUUCCAAAUGGCUUGGGCGGACAGAACAACAUCAUUUAUGUCGAAUAA